GCUCGCCAAUACGUGAGCCUGGGCGUGGAUGGCGGAACACUACAUAUCCCAUGCGAGAUGUCCACCUUCUACCCCUCUUUCCCACCAGACUAGAGACUGGAGAUACUGUACUGGACUGUCUUGACGAACCCCCCUGGACUUUUAGAACCGAAAUCGUCGAGAUUAGUGGACAGCAGCGAGCAGCGGGGCGAGACGUUGGACCUUUAUUUGAGCCGAGCCAUGUGAUGUUUUUAUGCCAUUUGUACGAACGGAAUAUCACCGCAUCUCAAAGAAGCCUAUAUUAAGUGGCCCACCACCUCCUUCUGUGAAAUGUUGUGUUAAAGAAACACCUAUGCAGGUGGAUCCUACGCUAAUGAAUGUAGGGGAUGGAGGCACGGUGAGCAGAGAGGUCAGUGCUCCAAACAAAGCGUCUUCUCCCAGCAUGGUGGGGAAUCCCCCUCAGACGCUGCCCCCCGAGCUCCGAGGAGAUGUGGUCCUCAGUCAGCAGAAUCGGAACCCUGCGGCCAAGGACUGCACCGUAGCCAAGGAGAACUGUGUGGACACUCACAGCUACAAUCACACCCCGGAGGUGAGUCCGCCACAGCAGCCCGGCAAGGCACCAGCGCCCGGCGCUACGCUCGCCGCUACGGACAAACCAGCGGAGAAGAGGCAGGACGUUGCCAAAAAAAACUCUGACGGGACGGUGGGGUGUCCUGCCUCUCAAUGGGUCGGCGGAGCCAGGGUCCGACCGGCGGAGUCGCUCAGCGCCGCCUACGGUAAUGCGACAUCCAGUAAGAAAUCGCAGACGAAAACGCAGUCUGGGAUGAGUCUUCCCCCUGGGUUCCAGUGCUCAACUUUAUUCAAACCAGGCCAGCCGGUCACUUUUGUCCCAGCCACCAACCUCCCCUCUCCCCUUUGUAAAAUCACUCUUCCGCCCGCACUGGGUCAGAUCGCAGCGCUGCGAGAAGCCGCAGCCACUCAGUUUCAACAGGAAGUCCCGCCUCAAACGCCCUGUUCCGGCGGGACGCUACUACCGAGGACCUACCCGUACCCCUUUUCGGUUGGACGGACUCCCCACCCGGAGAAGAAACCCGGCGCGGUGAUGCCCAAGCUCAAAGCGACCCUUGCAUCGAAUAAAAGCGGGAAAUCCACGGGGAAAGAACACAAGGCCUUGGCCUCUGCCGUGGCGUCGCCCCCGCCCACCACGGCUCCGCCUCUCCAGCCCCCGCCUCCCGGUACGGCCCCGCCCACCCGCUUCACGUUGUCUCCCACCGCCGCCAUCUGCUGUGCCCCUUCGCUGGCCACCAUCACCACUCAGAGCCGGCUACUCAACCAUGUGGAGAAAAGCAACACGGAGGACCAGACCUCCAUGGGCUGCCUGAACUCCAACCCCACGGCUGCUUUAGAGGACCACGGCGACAGCUGCCCCGCCGAGCAGCCGGACGUCCCCCUCGAUCUGUCGGCCAAGUCGAAACGUCCAAAGUGCACCAGUGAACCCUUAAACGCCGUCAGUGCAAAGGAGCGUCACCACAGUGAGUCAGACCACAGAGAGGCUCCUAAUAAUAAUAAUAACAGUAAUAAUAAGAGGGGUAACACGACUAUUUACAGCUCAGCCGUGCAAUACCCGGUUUUACCAAACAUGCAGCGAAACGGCUCUCAUCAAAGACAAACAAGCAGGCAGCCUGGUCACCAUGUCGCGGAGCCCAAGUCGUGGGGGAAGGGGCCCUCACCAGAUUCCAUUAAAAGUAUCCCAGGGACUUAUGUUGGAGUCGCCAGCCCUAUACUGGCUUCUACCUUGAGGGGAAAAGAUGGAAAGGGCACUUUUGUGGACGAAUUUCAGAAUUUUGCAAAGCAGGAAUUCAUAUCCAUCGUUGACCAAGGGGAACACCUGGCCUCAAAGGGCAAGAAGCCAUCCUUUCUAAUGAAAGGAACCCAGCAUCCUCAAAGCGCGAAGCACGCGAACCGCACCAGCACAGCUCUCCCCAAGAAAAGCCCGUCAAAAGUAGCCCCGAUCGCCACCCUGGUGGGCUCCGCUACCGUUCGUCAGGGCGUGGGGGCGGGCAAAACCCCCGCGGCGUUAUCCGCCGCCAUCGUCAAGCCAGCGUGGCAUCAGCCAGCCAUCCUGCCCAACCAGGGGGCAUCCGCUCAGAAAAAGGUCCCCCAAGGACCCCCAAAGACCAAGGGCAGCGGGAGUUCAGAAGCUCCCAAAUACCAGAGUGGCAGUCACAGCCCUCUGAAAGUGGAAGACAACAAGUGGGACCGGGUGAAGUCCCCGUUAUCCACCCUGGAGUCCAUAGUGAAGCAGAAAGCCCUGGAAACAAAAGCAUUUGUCGCUGACGGUUUGGCCCAAGCCCCGGCCGUCGCCGUAAAAAAGGCAGACGUCCCGAAUCCUCUCACCGGGGGCCAGGGCACACAGUCCAAACAACAGACCCUCGAAUAUCCACCGCCCUGGCCCACGGAGAGCAACGACAGGAAGCCGUCCGGCACCCCACACCAAGAGGCCCCGGCGCCGGCCGCCAACAAAACGGGGAGAGCAAAGGCCAGCGAGCGCAGAGAAACCAGUACGGAGCCGCAGGUUCCCAGUCAGGGACUUCAUGAACAACGGGUCUGCGCUAAACCUGCUGCCUUCAGGGCAAGUGCCUCCAUGAACGGCAGCAGGAGGGAGAGUAAACUGGCCCAGGUCUUGGAGGGCGAGUUACUGAAGGACCAUAGCGGAGUGCCGACGGACGAGCCGCGCAAUGCCAAGUUACAGGGAGUCGUUCACUCCCUUCUGACCGGCCGGUGUCUGACAGGCAGCGGCGGGGUCGACAACAAAACAAACGGGACCAAAGAGAAGUCACCCACCAAGGCGAAAUCGUCUGUGAGCAAACAAAAGGCAGCCGGCACUAAAAAGCCUGCAACGGAGAAAUCGCCGCCGGAGCCAUCAAAGAAAGCCACCGUGACCGUGAAGAAGAGGCCGGACAAGGAAAGCACUCCGCUGAAAGUGCCCUGUCUCAAAAAGCAAAAGAAGCCGUGUGCAACGGUGGGGGAGAGGAGUGCAUCAGCAGACGAACCUCCUUCGCACAAUAAAGAGGAGUUGCCCAACAACAGGAGCUCCCUCCACAAAGGGGAACAGGCAACUCUCCGAACACCAGAUGGCGGGCUGAGCAGCCCUCGGAGUCUAGACUCCUCUGCCUCCCCGCGUGGCCUCAGCGCGUCCACUAAGACCGCCAAAUCUCCCGAGAGCUCCACUCCAAGACUGAGACGGGGUCGGCGGCGGUGCGAUGAGGCUCCGCCGGAGGACCCCUGGGGCUUCGCCUCCCCCUCGCCCCCGCCCCCUGCCGCCUCCCUCCGCAGCCCCCCUUCUCCGUCUCCUCCUCCGCCGCCUGCUCCUUCCCCGCCGCCGCCCGCCGCUCCCGCGCCUGCGCAGCCAGCGCGCCGCCCCAGGGGCCGGCCCCGCAGCAACCCGCUGCCCAGGGACACGAAGCCGGCCAAGGUCAGGACGCCGGCGGCCGCCACCGCCGCCCCCCCGGCUGCGGGAGACACGCCGGCCCACAAGAAGCGCCGGCGCUGCCGCAGCAGGAAGUACCAGAGCGGGGAGUACAUCGUGGAGAAGGACAGGCUGGAGGACCAAGGACCCCAGAGCCCCACCCCAAACGACGGAAAGACAGACGAUUUACAGAGCGGUUUAUCCCCAAGUCACGGGGCCUCCAGUCCUGCCCUGGCCCUCCAAGGGGCCCUGUUUACCCGCUCGGGGUCCGGCGGCUACCACGAGAGUGAGGUGUCCCCGGAGGGCAGCGACAAGCCGUCAGGAAAGAGGAAGUUCAAAACCAAACACACCGACAACGAGGAGCCCAAGGCGAAGCCCAAGCGCGGCGGCUUGGGGAAGCGAUCCGCAUCGUUACCGCCCGACGAGGACACCGCCGCGAAGAAGCGGACCAGUCCCCCGGCCACGCCGAAGAGCCCGCUGUCCCCACCGCCCAGUAAGAAAGGCUCCGCAGGCGGGGGCAGCGGGCCCGAGUCGCCGCCCAGGAAGCCCGUCCCCCCAGAGGUCCGUCGACUGAUCGUCAACAAGAACGCCGGGGAGACCUUGCUCCAGCGGGCCGCCAGGCUCGGCUACCAGGAUGUCGUCCUUUACUGUCUGGAGAAGGACAUCCGAGAGGUCAAUCGCCGUGACAACGCCGGCUACACGGCCCUCCACGAGGCGUCGUCCCGGGGAUGGACGCAGAUCGUCCAGAUCCUGCUGAGGCACGGGGCUGACGUCAACUGCAGCGCCCAGGACGGAACGCGGCCCAUUCACGAUGCAGUGGCCAGUGAUAACCUCCCAAUAGUGUGGCUGCUGCUCAAUCAUGGGGCAGACCCCACGCUGGCCACCUACUCCGGACACACAGCAGUCAAGCUGGCCCACAGUCCCAACAUGAAGACCUUCCUCACAGAAUACUUCACCGAUCUGGAAGGACGGAGCGAGCAUGAUCCCUUUCUGCUGUGGGACUUCCACAGUAGUUCCCUGUUUGAGAGCGAGCAGGAGCCCUGCUGGGAGUUCCUGCUGUUGGAGCAGAACGGGGAGCAGGAGGAGCAGGGGAGAGGUCCGGCCGACGGGGACCCCGACAGAGACGGCCUGCUGUUUGAGUUCUCCUCGGAGCCGCUGCUGCCCUGCUACCACGUCCAGGUGUCACUCACCCAAGGCUACUGCAACUGGUUCCUGCUGGCGGACGUCCUGCGGCGGCUGAAGAUGUCCACGCGCAUCUUCCGCUCGCGCCACCCCCACCUGGAGGUGGUGAGCCUGGCGGGGGCGGAGCUCUGGAGGCAGGUGGCGCUCAGCCAGGUGAGCGGCGCCCUGGCCCCGCCCCACCGGGGGAAACGGACGGAGCGGGACGAGGAGGACGAGGACGAGGAGCAGGACGAGAAGGGAGACGAGGAAGGUGGGGACGAGGAAGGGCAGGUGGAGCUGGUGCGCUGUGUGCCCGAGCUCCAGAGACUGCUGGGCUCCUCCAUCCACAUUCUGCCCGAGGAGGAGCAGGCGACGGAGGUGGAGCGCGCUUGUGUCGGCAGGCCUCGUGGUCGAUAGCCCCCCCCCCCCCCCCCCCUCGUCGUGCUUCAAAAGCUUAACCUUGCGUCUACCCUAUUGUGCUCCCUCGGGAGGGUGCAGUUGUAAGAGAGAAUCCUCUCCAUCCCGGUUUUUUUUUCAGCAAGGCUGGUGGACGAUUUGGGGGGUCCAAGCACUUAAACUCUCGCCAGGGUCUGGGACUGGACCGGUCUCUCUGACCUCUUGACCUCAGCUGUAGGUCCAUCAUCUGGUGGUCAAAGAAAGGACAAAAGCGCACAGUAACAGACAAGUGACGACACUUGGUGCUCAGAAGUAUAAAUAUAACAGCAAUCAGGUUCCUAUCAAUAGGUCAAUUUGAUUACACAUGAAUUAUGGAACACUUUUUUUGAUUGAAUGAUCAUGAUUGAAUUAUAAUUAUAAUUGUAGUCUCGUGGCGAGAGGUGGGACGACAUCGACGAUCAGAACUUUUUGGUUUUGAGUUUGUUCCUGAUGGGAAAGCGCAUCAUGCUUUCUUUUUUUUUUUCUUUCGAGGGGAAAGAUAAUCCAAGUCAUUUUUUCUUUAUUUUUCUCUUGGUGAAAUACGGCUAAGAGGCUUAGGCCCGGCUUGACCCCGUUGGGGUCCAGAUGGUCUCUCUGUGGACCUGGGGACACCCGGGCCCCCUGCAGCGGUCCGACCCCACGGCACAUCGUAUUGUCCUGCAAACGCACCCUUCUCCUCCUCUCUCUCGCACACAGCUUUACCCCGACCCCCCCCCCCCCCCCCCCCCCUUACCGCUGACACACUUCAUGUUCUUAUCCAGAGGAGACGGUGUACAAAACAUUACCGGACACACCCUAUUCUUUUUGCUGUGUGUUACCAUUUCACACAAAACAAAUGUCCCAGGCUCGGCUACAAAGUGAUUUUAAUUUCUUCGGGGUUCCUUGUUCUUGUUUUUAUUUGUAACAUUUUUUAAGGGGGAAUACUUGAGAAUGUGAACUUGUUUACAGAUUUGCGAAGAUGAAAAGUUUUUGUAGCUACGCCCUCCGCCCGCCCCCAUCCCGGAAGCCUCCUCCCGGAGCCGUUCCACCCCCCCCCCCCCCCCCCCCGGAACUCUAAAGCCUUGUAAACUGCACCCCUGACCCCUGAACCCUAACCCGCCCCUCCGUCCAUGUGGUCUUCUGGAACUCUCCUUGCUGCGUGUUUUUAUUUACACUGUUUUUGUUUUGUUUGUCUGUGCUUAAUUUAAUAGUCAUUAAUAUAUUUGACCUUUUGUGUAUGGGACAGAACUAUCUAUGAAAUCUUGUUUUGUUUUGUUUUGUAUAUGGUUGGUGCUUCAUUUCUUUGAAUUGUACUAAUUAGGAUUCCUUGAUUCUGUUUUUUUCUUUUUCUCUUCCUGAUUGGAAAAAAACAGUAUUUCAGCAAAGCAAAAGUACAGUUUUAAUGUACUGGUGCUAAAGUUUUGUGUUGACAAUCAAUGAAGUUUUUGUUGGAGGUCAUGAAGUAAAGAAAAGAUAUUUAAGAUAAUGUGAUCGAAAGGUAAAUAAAAGUAUAGUGAAUGGGAUACACCAAGCCUUCAAGCAACCUGUGUGAGAACAAUAAAGAAACUUUUAUUUGA